AUGCGGCGGGAGUUUGGCUUGCACAGUGCCGCCCUCUGCGGCGACAAUAGCCCCGGCAGCUGCAACACGCGACCGCACGUGAUGGCCGCGCCGCCGCGGGAGGUCAUGGACCACGCGCACGCCAUGCCCAGCGCGUCGCCGCCGGAUCCCGUUUGGGCGCCGUUGGCGAUAGACGAGAAGGACCUGGCGGCCGCGGCGCGGCACGCACCCCGCUCCCCCGUCAACCGCAGCAGCGGUGGCGGCAGCAGCCUGGGGGAGGCGGGGCGGGAGGGCGUAAUUCGGUUGUCCCGGGGGUGGGCGGAGCCGGGGGCGCGGCCGCGUGGAUCCUCCACUGGCUCGAGCUGCGAGCGCAAAAAUGGCCGCCUGGUUGACGGGGGCGCGGGACCGCAGGAGGAGGCCGGCGAGUGGGCGGGGCCCUCCGCCGCCACUACCGCAAGCGGCUACAACACCUCCGACGGCGCGGCUAGACUGACGGCGCAGAGUAGUAGCGCCGAGCGAUUGCUAGAGCCGCGCCCGCCGCUGGAGCUCGAUGCGGCGGCGCACGGCCGGCAGGAGACGCACGCCGGUAGUAGCGGUGUCGUCCCCACGGCGAGUAGCCGCACGAGUAGUCGUGGCAGUAGUGGCGUUGCUGUGAGGCGCAGGGCGGCGAAGGCCGCCGUGAAGGACGUGACCUCGCUGCUGGAGGCGGUAAACGGGGUGAGUUCCUCUCGACAAGCAAAGCGAAAGGUGGCGGGGAAGCCAGAUGCCGUGCGCCGGCUGUUGUCGCCCGCCAAGUCGCAGGCGCCACGGGAUACGUUUGCCGCACUAGAAGAACAAGCGCCUGCCGCUGCGCCGGAUGCUACAGACCGCAGUCGGGGCACCCGCCUCGCCGCGGCAGGGCGUGCAGGCCAGGCAGAGGCAACAGACAAAGGUGCGAGCAACGGUGCAGCACCAAGCCGAAACGCCUCUGGGGACAAACAGGCGCAGGGGAAGGGCGAGGGCGCGCCGGUGAGUGGCGUGGCUGCAGAGGCGACAACUAGCGACUCCGGUGCGCAAGCGCCGCCGGUCACGCCACAGAGGCAGGCUUUCCCAGGGGGUGUAAAAGCUGCAGCGCCGCCUCUCCCGAGUGCCGCCGCGCAGGAUCCGUCACAGGGCGGUGGCAGCAAUUCUGCCCGCCCCAUUGAGGCCGCGAUGGCCCCACAACAGCAACAACAGCAUGGCUCCGUUUUAGCACACAACACGCAGAAGAUGAUGUCCCCCGUCAUGGGUGCCUCUCCCUGGACCUACUUGUCUGCGCCUGACUUUGUGUCGUGCCUGCAGCUUUACGUGAAGACGUGCUUGGGGCUUCGCGAGCCCGAUCUACAGGCGAGGCAAAGAUUUAUUGCCCGCGUGCAGCGUAUCGUGACAAAGGUGCUUGGCCCGCGCGCCGAGGUGCGAGUGCAUGGGUCUAUCACCACCGACCUUGCGCUCGCCUCCAGCGACAUUGACCUACUGGUUGUUGGGUACGAGCCUCUGACCCCGUUGCAGGCGAUUCAGCAGUUGUCACGGGCCAUCCUUCACAUCAGUGAAGAAGAGCUCCAAGAGCUUGAGUCCGGAGAGGCCGGCGCGGUGGCGGUGGCGGCGGCGGCGGCGGCGGCUGAAGGAUUCUCUCAGGCCUGUCACGACACCAGCGCGGCAGGCGCCGCUGAGGAGGCGUUAGGUGCAAAGGACUUGCCGGCUUCGUCUCCGGUGGAGUUAGAGGAAGUCACGUUAGAGUCGGGCGGUGAACUGGAGGCGGGAGACCCCAUCAUGCGCGUGGAGGAGGAGGAGGCGGAGUACCGUUCCCAGAUUGAGCGCGACUAUGUAUUCAGCACCCGGGCGGGGCUGUCCUCGGCCGCCAGGGCGACUGCGUUGCCGACGCAGGGCCCCACGACCGCCGCGAUGGCGCUGCAGGGCUACAUGGGCCCGCUUUCGGCCGCGCCGCUGCAGCACUACGGCGGUGCGGGGGGACACCGACUGUACGUCCCGACGCUCGGAGGCCCCUACUUCCACGUCCAGACCAUCAUCUCCACCCGCGUCCCGGUCAUCAAGGUGGCGGAGAAGUCUACCGGAAUGAAGGGCGACAUCACCUUUGCCGGCGGCGAGCACUGGCGGUCGAUGCAGCUGACGAACCACCUGCUGAAGCGGUUCCCCGCGUCGCGGGGGCUGAUACUGUUUUUGAAGCAUUGCGUGAGACAAAUGGGCAUCGGUGACUCGCAGCCAGGGGGGGUGACGUCGUUCGUCAUCUACCUGCUGGUGCUGCACUUCUUCAAUGAGGUCUCCUGCCACCUCGAGGGGUUCCUGCAGCAGCAGCAGCAGCAGCAAAAGCAUGCGGGCCGCACCAGUGUGGCCACUCAGUGGGGAAAUGGGGGCAUGCUAGCGAGCUCCAGCGGAAUGGGCGACGCUGGCACGGGUGGCGUGGGCCCCAGUGCAACACGCGCAGCGACGCCCCGGGCUCAGACACCGUUGCCCACCCAACCGGCACCCGCCGCGCCUCUGCCCCCGUCUCGGCACACCUCGUACCUUGACAAACUCUUCUUGGUGGAACGGGCCUUUGUGGAGCGGUUUCGCCCGUACCAUAAGGAGCAGGAGGGCAAACGGAAUACGGCGGGCAUCUUGCACUAUAUUCUCACGUUCCUGCAGGAGGAGCAGCCUGCGGGCUGCGAGGGGGGCGAAACGGACCGUGCGGCGGGCCGCCUUAAGGAGCGAACGGGGGCCAAACUGGUGGCACCGGUGUGCUACGACGCGGCGUCAGACGCGCCUGCACCGCGCGGGGAGGUGCUCUUAGCCACAAGCGAGGCCCCUGAGGCGCCGGAUGUGGCGUCAGAGCCGGGCGGCAACGACGACAAGGUUGACGCUUAUGCGGGGAACAGUGAGGGUGGGAGCGAUGAUGACGAUGAUGGCGACGAUGGCGGCCAGAACGUGGCAGCGGAGCUGAAUCCCGCCGCUGAGGGCGACACUUCCGACGACGACGACGACGGCGGCGGCGGCGGCGGCCUGCAGGAAAGAGAGAAGGAAGAGGGCGAGGUGACGGAGGAUGGGAAAACGAGCUUAGUCCGCUCGCUGGCGUUGCGGCUGCUCUCGACCUCGUCGCUGGGCCACCUGUUCCACGACUUUUGCUUUUACUACGGCUUUACCUUUGACUACGACAGCCACGGCCUCUACUUCGAUCCCCUUGGGAACUCCAGCGUGGUGCCUAAGCCCCAGAAGUGCCAGAAGCGUGGGCAGCACCUCUUCAUGACCUCGCCGUUCGACGACCAGUACGACCUCACCGCCCGCAUGCUGCACACCCGCGAGUUCCAGGAGCUCUGCCGCAUGUUUGUGCCCCUCACCACGCCGCUGGCGACGCUCGCCGGCUACGGCGGCGGCGGCUGCUCGCUGCAGGAGGUGCUGGAGUGGAUCUCCCCCGAGACCGCCUUCGAGGAGCUCAUGCAGGUCCACGCAGCGAUUCAGCAGCAGCAGCAGCAGCAGCAGCAGCAGCGCGCGGAGGCCUCAGGGGGGGCGCAUGCGUUAAAGAGCGAAGAGCAGCUGUUGCCGCUGCCAACCCACGCCGACGGUGGCAAGGCGGGCACGCCGCACGCGCAGCCGUCGUUGGAGGCGCGGGAGCACAGCACUUCGUCCCCGCGUCCCCUGCCGGCUGACGGCGCGGAGGAGCAGCCGCCGCAGGACACGCGAUUCCCGCAGCGCCAGGACCCGGCUGCCUUCAAGGCCAGCGGCAGUGCCGUCUCCACUGACUCGCGCAGGAGGGAGGAGCGAGCGGCGACGGAAGCGACGACUGACGUCCCCGCCGCGGCCGCGCCCCUCACCCCUGCUCAUGGCGGCCCUUCGCUGCAGCAGGUGGGAGUCAAAGCGCUCCUCGCGGAGCCGGGAAACACGGAGUCGACGGGAAGCCGGUCGGCGACGCAGCGGCAGCUAAAGCGUCGCGAGGGGGGAACCGAAGACGCGGCGGCAGCGGAGGUUGCGAUGCGGCCAGCCUCACCUUCGGGGGCGGCGGGCGGGUCCGGUCCACUCCCGGCCUCGGGGCUUCCUGCGGGCGGGAAUGUAAACUCGGUGGGUGGGGAGGCGGUUUACGCGCGGGCGCAGCACCUGCGUCCGGGCCCGAUGCAUCAUCAACAACAGCAGCUACCAUUUCCCUUCCCUCCACCAAUUCACAUGUUUCUGAUGCACCCAAACGGCGGUGGCGCGGGGUACCCUGACAUGUCGCCGUUUUACUUCCAGAUGCAGUACUCCCCAGAGGCGAUGCUGCAUUAUCCACAGCAGCAACACCAUCAUCAUCACCAUCAGUACCAAACUCCUCCUCACAUGCAGCCGUUCCCGUACAUUGGAUACGAUAUGAAUCAGUUUUACCAGCAACGCGGGGUGUUUGACGUGCUGAACGGCGCUGGUGCGGCCGCCGUUAGUAGUAGUAGUAGUAGUGGCGGCGGCGGCGGCGGCGGCGCCCCAGCGGCGAGCCGGCAAGUGAGCACGCGUGGAGGGGGAGCUUCCCCGUCGAGUGUCCGUCAGCGCGGGCGUGGCGGGGCUCACCGCGGCACGGCGGCUGGUCCCGCUGCCGAGAAGACGCCGCCGCCGGUAAAGCCUGCGGCUUCGUCUCUUGUAGAGGGGCCGGCGGCGUCAACUGAGGGCGCUGCCGCGGACGGCCGUCAUAGCAGCAAACCCGCCGCCUUUAAAGACCCAAUGGCGGAGGGACCGUCAACGCGGGAGCGGCCAAAGGCUGAGGCCGCCGCUUCCGCUUCGCUGGCGCACGAGGUUCAGCAGCACCCGCAGUAUUUUCAGCUUCAUCACCACCACCACCACCAUCAGCAGCAGCAGCAGCAGCUUGGGCUCAGCCACCAAUAUCAUCUUCACCAGCAGCAGCAGCAACAGAUGCUCUGGAGACAACAACAACAACAAUCCUCAUUGAUGAUGCCACCGCCCCAAAUGUGUGCGCUACCGGGCAACGUGGACGGCCUCGUCUCUUCUGCCUUGUGUGCUCCAGUGCAGGGAGGAGCUGUUUUCCGGCAACAACCAAAUGCGAGUGGAACGUCGUACCCGGCUGCUGCGACAGCCCCUGGGUUCCCUAGAGCGCCCGCCCGUGAAGCUCCCGCGUACAAUUCUCCUGCCCCAGUUGCGAAUGAGAACUCAAAACAACAGCCGCAGCGGGGGCAGUACGCCUCUGCCCCCCAGAGGCUUGAGGGAUCUGCUGCUGCUGCUGCUGCUAGUAGUCGUGGCAGUAGUGCGAGCAGCAGUGCCAGAGGGGGCGGCCCCGUGCGGCUACUGCGCCGAGCACAGGAGGAAGAUGUUGGAGAGGGGAGAGUCACCGAAUAG